CUGGGGGCCAAAAUGGAAAAAAAGCCAAACAUCACAUUGUCUCUUUCCCUCCUUAUCCAAUCCAGGACAUGGAAGGCCAUUUCCUUACAAUGCUCCCAUCUCUUUGUGUCUGCGUGGACCCCUGGGAGUCAGGGUCAGGUCAGAGUUGGAUCAGGGUGGGGGCAGGUUAGGGUCAAAUCAGGGCCAUGUCAAGGGGCUGGUUAGGAUUAGGGCCAGGUCAAGGUUAGGAUUAGGGUGGCCAACUCUGAGGCAGAUCAGGGCUAGGGUCAGGUCAGGGCUGGGGCAAGGUCCGGGCCAGAUCAGGGUCAGAUCAGAGUCAGGAAAGGAGAUUGGGUCUGUUCAGGGUCAGGCCAGGGGCCGGAUCAAGGUCAUGGAGUCUCCGGGCCUCUCCUCCACAUACCGUAGACCCUGUCACCCAGGAGAUAGUUGCUCACUGGAUUUUUUUCCCCUUUGGAAUUUGGGCCUUCCAAUAGGAUGGGCCAGCUACUGUUGACUUGUUAGCCCAAUGCGGGAGAUUUCCCAUUUCCUUUUUCGGGUCGGGAGGGGGGAGCGGUUCUGCUUUAGACCCCUCCACAAAGGCUCAGGCACAUGAUCCCCUCCAGACCUCAUCCAGUUUCUGGGUCUCACACAGAUCAGGCCCCUUAAACUAACUCGGGCACCCAGACAGACCCCCACACAGGUUGGGGUACUCGGACAGACACAUGCCCAUCUUGUCCAGCCCGGGAUAUUUGUGCUUGUGCGUGGGCUCUCUGGGCCACCUGCAUAUAUGCCGUAAGAGCCAUUGCAGCCAGGAAGCUGGCAGUGAGCAAAGAGUUUGGGCGUCGACCAUUUCAGCUGCUCGUGCGGAGGGAGAAGACGAGAGGUGUAGAAAUCGGAAGCCGCGGCGUCUCCCUCCCUUUGAUGCGGAGCCUUGUCAGGCAGUAUUCCGGCAUCAGGGAAUCAAGAGUUUUGACUGCACACCUGGUGGUGAAAGUCACACAUGCAGGGGAGUGAGGAGAUGGCCUGGGCUCCUGCUGAUGCUCUGGAGAGGAAGGGGCACUGAGAGUUGGAGGAGCCACUGGCUGGCUGCCCACCUAACCAUCUGCCAGCCCCCGCCAGGAUGGCCUUCUCCCAGUCACACAUCAUGGCGGCUCGCAGGGUGCAGCACGGCCGGCUCCUCAUCGAGGUGGAUGAGUACAGCUCCAACCCCACACAGGCCUUCACCUUCUACAAUAUCAACCAAGGUCGCUUCCAGCCGCCACAUGUCCAGAUGGUGGACCCAGUACCCCAUGAUGCUCCCAAACCUCCUGGCUACACGCGCUUUGUCUGUGUGUCUGACACUCACUCGAGGACGGAUCCCAUCCAGAUGCCGUAUGGAGAUGUCUUAAUCCAUGCUGGUGACUUCACAGAGCUGGGCUUGCCGAGCGAAGUGAAGAAAUUCAAUGAGUGGUUGGGGAGCCUCCCCUACGAAUACAAGAUUGUGAUUGCCGGCAACCACGAGCUGACCUUCGACCAGGAGUUCAUGGCUGACUUGAUCAAACAAGACUUUUACUAUUUUCCCUCUGUGUCCAAGCUGAAACCAGAGAAUUAUGAGAACGUUCAGUCUCUGCUCACCAACUGCAUCUACCUUCAGGACUCAGAAGUGUCCGUAAGGGGCUUCAGGGUGUAUGGGUCCCCAUGGCAGCCCUGGUUUUACGGCUGGGGAUUUAAUCUCCCGCGAGGCCAAGCCCUGCUAGAGAAAUGGAAUCUCAUUCCGGAGGGGACAGAUAUUCUCAUCACGCAUGGACCACCGCUCGGCUUUCUCGACUGGGUCCCCAAGAAGAUGCAGAGAGUGGGGUGCGUGGAACUGCUGAACACAGUCCAGAGGCGGAUACACCCGAGGCUCCAUGUCUUUGGCCACAUCCACGAAGGCUACGGCGUCAUGGCAGACGGGACCACAACCUACGUGAAUGCAUCCGCCUGCACCGUCAACUACCAGCCCGUCAAUCCCCCCAUCGUCAUCGACCUGCCCACUCCCCGCAACUCCUGAUCCCGGAGGGCUUUGCUCCCCUCCCCCCACCCUCCAGCCUUUCCCUCUCUUCCCGUCCCUUCUGCCCAUGCUCUGGACCAAUCUGACCCGCAACAUGGCUGGAGGCUUGUUGGGGGUGGUCCCAUCACAUGAACAGGGUCAUACUCCCCUCGGCCUCCAGAAGACUGGGCAGAGGAAGGCAUCCCGGGGGUCAGGGGUCUGACCGAAGGCACCAAGGCACCGGCCGCUCUUACCUUCCGGCCCACUGUGGCUCCUUUCUUCCGGUCACACUCUAAGCCACAAUCUAGCACACACGUGCCACUUUUCUGGGUGUGUGUGCAUGUGUUUGUGUGUGCUUGUUUUCAGGGUGUGUGUGCAUGUGUUUGUGUGUGCCUGUCUGCGUGUGUGUGUGGGUGUCAAGCACGUGUGCGUGUGCGUGUGUGUGUUGAACUUGUUAAGAGGCUGCCUUGUGACCACGAGGGAGAAUCCACAUGUCAGCAUGGGGUGGUCUGGCCCCGGGCCCCGCUCUGGCUCCCUGUCCCACUCUUGUAGCCACAGGGCAGUGGCACCACCAAUUAUGAGCCCACGGGACAACUGCUCCCCACCUACUGACUGGCUGUCUCCUGCUAGAAGGUCGCGAUCCCAUUUCAUGCCAAACUGGGGGCAUGUCCCACUGAAUGCUGGGCAUGGGGAGGCGGGAGGAAAGAGAAGGGUUCAAGGAAGGAGGGGAUGAAGAGGGAGGAAAGGAGAUGAGAA